GUCAAGUCAUCCAGCCAGCUUCUCGCAAGAUAGAGAUGAAACGAGAUCCAGUGCUAGGGUUUGGCUUUGUCGCAGGCAGUGAGAAGCCUGUUGUGGUGCGUUCUGUUACACCAGGUGGGCCCUCUGAAGGGAAGCUGAUACCAGGAGACCAGAUAAUAAAGAUUAAUGAUGAGCCUGUCAGCACAGCUCCCAGAGAGAGAGUCAUUGACCUUGUAAGGAGUUGCAAGGAAUCAAUCAUUUUGACAGUCGUUCAGCCAUACCCUUCUCCCAAGUCGGCCUUUAUGAGUGCAGCCAAGAAGGCCAGGUUGAAGUCCAAUCCUGUCAAAGUUCGCUUUUCCGAGGAGGUCAUUAUAAAUGGUCAGGUCCCGGACACUGUCAAAGAUAAUUCCCUGCUGUUCAUGCCGAAUGUGUUGAAAGUUUAUCUUGAGAAUGGACAAACUAAAUCUUUCCGAUUUGACAACAGUACAACAAUGAAGGAUGUGAUUCUGACCCUUCAAGAGAAACUCUCCAUCAAAUGUAUCGAACAUUUCUCCUUGAUGCUUGAGCAGCGCAAUGAAGGAGAAGCGACCAAACUCCUCUUGCUUCAUGACCAGGAGACGCUUACUCAGGUGACACAGAGGCCGGGCUCCCACAAGAUGAAGUGUCUUUUCCGAAUCAGCUUCGUCCCAAAGGAUCCUAUUGAUUUAUUGCGGAGGGAUGCAGUUGCUUUUGAGUAUUUAUAUGUUCAGAGUUGCAAUGACGUGGUGCAGGAACGAUUUGGACCUGAGCUGAAGUAUGAUGUGGCUCUCCGACUUGCUGCAUUACAGAUGUAUAUUUUGACUAUCAGCACCAAACAAUCACAGAAAGUCUCUCUUAAAUACAUUGAGAAAGAAUGGGGCCUUGAAACCUUCCUUCCCCCUAUGGUCUUACAGAGCAUGAAGGAGAAGAAUGUGAAGAAGGCACUUUCUCACAUCCUGAAAGCAAACCAAAAUCUUGUUCCUCCGGGCAAAAAGCUCUCUGCACUGCAAGCCAAGGUGCACUACUUAAAGUUUCUCAGUGACCUGCGUUUGUAUGGAGGCCGGGUCUUUAAAGCAAUGCUACAAGGGGAGAAACACUCUGAAGUCACUUUAUUAGUGGGACCAAGAUAUGGAAUAAGCCAUGUAAUUAAUGCAAAAACACACCUUGUGGCACUACUGGCUGAUUUCAGCCAUGUCAACAAGAUUGAGAUGUUCUCGGAAGAAGAAAACAAUGUUCGAGUUGAACUAAACGUGUUGGAUGUUAAGCCCAUCAUAUUAUUAAUGGAGUCAACAGAUGCAAUGAACCUUGCUUGCUUGACUGCUGGAUACUACAGGCUGUUGGUAGAUUCACGACGCUCCAUAUUUAACAUGGCUCAUGGCAAAUGCACUGUGAAUAAUGAAGCAGGUAGCAUCAUUCGAUGCCCAGAAUACAAGACGAAACAUAAUAUGCACACCUUAGAAUGGAAUUAUUUACCGAAAAGUUCAUGCCACAUCAGGGCUAAAAAAGAAGAUGCCCAGCCAUCAUCUAUUAGAGAAUCAAAGCAGCAAAAUAUAGAUUUCGCAAAUGAUUCAAUUUAUCAUGAAGAUUCCAGAGGGGGGUUAAUAACAGAGAUUACAGAUGUUCAUGACCAUAGUCAUCUAGGGGCCGAAUAUAUGAAUACUAUGGAAGCUGAAAACAAAGCUUUCAACAGGUUGUCCUCUGGGAAAGAACAUACAAAGACAGUACAAGAAUCUCCAAGGGGAGCAAAGGUAUCCUUUGUCUUCGAGGAUCACAAUGUAGCUGCCUUUAAUCCGAGACACCUUGGAUAUGAAAGAUUGCUGGAUGAUAGCCCAAGCAAUUUAGACCAACAGGCAUCUAUGUAUUUGGCCAAUGUAAGUGACACUAAAUGUUCAGAGUACUCGUUCCCAGGGAUUGAUGUGGACAACAUUGAUACAAAUGCAGUUUAUGCAAACAUUAACGAUAGCAGAAUGUUUGCAAGUGCUGAAAACAUCGAAGAGCCGUUACUACAUGACAUAUGUUAUUCAGAGACGACAGAUGAUGCUGAGGAUGAAGAUGAGGCCAGCUGUGAGGAAGAUAUCCCACUUGGAGAGGCCGACAAAACCGACAUUCUCAAUAUAUCUGGAUCUAGCGAUGACAUAAUUGACUUAACAUCACUUCCUCCACCUGGAGGUGAUGACGAUGAUGAAGAUGAUUUUCUCCUUCACACGCUGAAUAUAGCAAUAGCUGCCCCUCCGCCAGGUUUCAGAGACAACAGCUCUGAUGAAGAAGAUGGCCAGCAUCAACAAGCGCAGAGUUCACAGGAGACCGUCCAAAACAAAUGCUCUCCAAGUGAUGACAUCCCAGUGUCGCUCAUAGAUGCCAUUCCUACGCAGGCCGAAGACCAGAGUGGUGAGCAAGCAUUAGAUGAUGCAGUGGUAUCCACUUUGCAAGCACUGGAGGCGCUGGCAGCUUCUGAGGAGCAGUCCGUUCAGCAAACAGAUGACAGUUCAGGUGUAGUGAUAUUAAGAGCUUAUAGUCCUGAGUCGUCAUCGGAUUCUGGCAAUGAAACAAACUCCUCUGAAAUGACUGAAAGCUCUGAGGUAGCCUCAGCACAGAAGCAUUCUGAGGGUUCCAUGCAUAUGCUUGUGGCCACCAGUGAAGGCUAUCAACAACUUCAAGAAGAGCAAACUGAAUUCCCAAUCUCUCAGAAUGAGAACAUAGGGCCCACUUCUAAAAUGAUUCCAAAAGCUACACAUUCCUUGACUGUCCAACGGGGUAGCAAUGCAAAGUCGAAAGCUGUGCCUUCGAAACAGAUACUUCCUUCUGAGGAAGUUGAGAUGGAGCCAGAGACAAUGGAGACAAAAUCUGUCACCGACUACUUCAGCAAACUGCAGAUGGGAUCUCUGAUGUAUUCUUGUGCAAGUAAGCAAAAAAACAAGGCAGGUGAUAGUAAUGUCAAGAUAGCACAUGAUGGUAAUGUAUCAGUGAAAAGGCAACAUGCAAACAGAAAGACAGAACUGGGCGAUGAUUUGUCAUCCAACGGCAAAUACAGCACAUUGAUUACAAAGAACAGUCACGGCACAGCCACUUUUGACUUAGAAAGCACUACUUUCCGUAGAGAGACACAAAGUUGGUUUCCAGUUUCAGGAGAAAAGAUGACUGAUCAGCAUUUCCCAGGGUUAAUUAAUGGUAAAGGUUUUCACAAAUCCUGCGUAGUUUCUAGAGCUGAACAUGAAGGGAAAGAAGCAGAUACUGAAAUAGAUGAUCGUUGCUCCUUGGCCAGCACUUCCGGGCUUGGACGUGAUGAAAGCUUUCUUUCUGAUACCACUUACAUGUCUUCAACCAAACACCUGACCGAUUCAGAAGACGCAGAGCUGUUCCCUGAUGAUCACUCGUCAGAGCUUCCGGAAGCUGAACAGAGUGUGACCAGACUUUGUGAAUACCAUAUGACCAAAAGAAUGUCCUCUUUGCAAAGUGAGGGUCAUUACUCUUUGCAGAGUUCCCAGUGUUCUUCAGUAGAUGCAGCCUGCAGUACAGGCAGUAGUACGUGUGCCACCCCAGUUGACUCCCCCCUCUGUACAAGUGAUAUUAAGCACAUAUUAUCGGAAUCUUCUUUAAAAGGCCUUGGCUACAUUUCAGAAGAUCAACGAACACUUUUGCUUCAAAGCCACGGAACAUCAUAUAAAGAUCUACAUCCCCAAGCUGAAGCCAUGUGUCAUAGGAGAACAGCCCAUAACACGCAUGCGCCUUCAAAUGCUGAACCAAUAUUUGGUACCAUACGUGAUGGGUGCCACCGAGUACCCAAGAUUAAAGAAACCACAGUGUAGCUUGCACACAGCCUGAGCAACGAGGAAGAGGAGGUGCAACUUCAGCAUUCACUAA